AUGUCGCGGGCCGACUCGACGACGCCGACGUCCGGUACUAGUCGUGGCUCCUAUCCCUCCAGACAGAGGCGCUUCGGACCUGCCCCGCUCGCCUCCUUCGAAGACCUGCCCACCGACGAGGCGCACAGCAGCAGCAGCUCGUCCUCUGACGAUGAGAAGGCCGCCCUCUCCUCAGUUCGAAUGGCCUGUCCGCAGAUCAGUCUGAUCAUCACUGACCACAACGAGGUGGAACACCCCAUCGAGACCGUCCACCUGCCCGAGUAUGACCGACGAAGACUUCACAGUGCGACGGCAGCGACGCUCAACAUCAGUGAUGGCAAAUCAGGUGAACCAAAGCGGAAAGGCAGCUGGACGGACAUCUUUUCGCUGGGACGGUCACCGACGCCCACCAAAGCACGAGAGCGCAAGUUCAGCCUCUUCAACUUUAACUUCUUCAGUCGAGAAGUGAGCAAGCAGGCUGACGCCCAGUCUGACUGUGAGCUGCAGAGUCUGGUCAUUGCAUCGCAGCCGGUGACGCAACGGAAUGAGUUUAGUCCACCGGCCAACGUCGAGCACGACAUUGGCGUCCGUCUGACUGACUACGAGGACAAUGAUGAGCCCGAGGAGCAGUGUCUGACUCCGGUGAACAUCAGCCAGCAACAAUAUGAACAAUAUGAACAAGAACAAAUGCACCGAAGGCAGCUACAGACGCUGGACUACGACAUCACGCCGACAAAUGUAGAGCCACCCUCGUUGAGUUUAGUGGAAACAGUGGUGCAAAUAGAACUGCCGCAGCAUCCGCAGGAGACUGGAGGCGCUGAAGAUAACCAAACGGACGUCGAUUCAGUCAGUUUAUGCAGCGCCAGCUCGUGCUCCUGUUCAAUGGCCGACCGUGAUCGUUCGUGCUGCUCGGAGACGGACGGCGAUGCGCUGUCCUGUGAGGAGUGUGAACGCAUCGAGAGGAGCCUGGCACUGGCCCCUCCUGCGCCCUGCAGCUGUGAUGAACUGGACACUGACGCCGCAGAUAAUGAGGACAACGACGAGGAUCAGCCCGAGGAUCAGCAGGGGAGCAGGCAUCAGGACAUGACCGCAUCGGACACCGACGAGCUGGAAAGCCUCCUCACCGGUGAUGAGCUGGAGCUUAACUCAGCAGCCAAUGCUGAACUACAACUUCCAUUCACUGCCACCGACCACCACCAGCAACUUCCGCCCAGAAAUACUUCACAGCUUCCACUUCUCAGCUGUCCAACUGCUUCUUCGGAGAGUGAGAGUGGCCAGCUUUCUUCACCCAAGCUAAGCGGCUCUGAGCGGCUGAAAACGUCGCCCAUUGAGCGGCCCCGUUCGAUCACUCCGGUGAAUGUGAGCUCCUUUGAAGCGUACAUCAAAUGUCCGCCCACUGAAAACGUCUCUGACUGUGAUCGACUCACUGUAACCAUUCCAGGCUUACAUCCAAAUCAGCGUAAUCGCUUCACCCGCAAGAGCAACCCGUACAUUUGGGCGGACUUUUGCGAGAAGCUGAAGAGCCCUAAAAUAGAGUCUCGCAAGCGAGCCAACAGUUGCUUCCCGGAGAUUGCCAACAACAACAACAACAACAAUACCAACAAUAACAACCAAAACUGCUACCUGAAUGAGGCCUUUNUUUCCCGGAGAUUGCCAACAACAACAACAACAAUACCAACAAUAACAACCAAAACUGCUACCUGA